UCCUUCAACCGAAUAAAUACCUAGUGGCAGAUAACCUAUCCACGUAAAAGUGGCGAAUAUUUCAUUCUUGUUUCAAGUCAUAGUAUUAUUUUGAAAAGAAACUAUCCAAGUUUAUUACGUAUGUGUUUAGUGGGCUGAAGAAACGAGGUUGGAGGUUCGCAGCAGUGAUUUGUGGUUUAUCUGCCACUGGGGAAAAUCGUUUAACUACUUCUACCACCUGAGAAGGACUGCUUUUCGACCAAGUCACCUAGGGGACAAGUACUAGAGGAACAUGUAAUUUUUGUUCUUCAUUAUCCUGCAUUUUGGAGAAUUGCCGUGUUACGGUUGACUGCGUAGCACCAUUCUGUGCUUAAGACUUUACUGAGAAGUAGUAAGGAAAACUUGUGGGGACAAUAUCAGGUCAAUCGGGUUUGUUUCGGGAACUUUUUAUAUUUAACAGUGCAAUAGUUAUCUACCUAUACCAGUACACUUAUACACUUAUUUUUUUAUAAUAUCCAGAACCUUUAAGUAAUUAACAUACACAUAAUUCAAUAGCGCUCCAACACCUGUAUGUCUCUUUGUAAAAGAGGAUAAUUUGGGCCCAAAUAACCUUUUCCCAUACAGUAGUUCCUUACAUUUAUUUUUUAUUAAUAUUAUUAGACUUGUUUCCCAUAUUUUUCAUAUAACUAUAUAUAUAUUUUAAUAUUAUUAGCUUGUUUCUUGUAAUUUAAAUUCCCAAUCUGUUUGCUUAACUUAAAUUCAUUUGUUAUUAAAUUAAAUUCAAAUCCUAAUCCCUAUCCCUUCAGGAUAGCUAUUAGUUUUACUUGGUCAUUAUUAAAAACCACGAGUCAGAAAAAGGAUCUUUAUCAUCCAGGACUGCGUUGGUUCAGUUAGGUGUUGCCUAUUCAACUCAUUGAGUUAUAUAUAUUUGUAUGGUUCAUCCUAGGUAGGUAUUUUAGUAUUGAUUUCUUGUAGUAUUUAACGUUGCUGUACGUAUUACAAUCGUACGAUUAUUUGGUGAAGGUUGUUGUUUAACCUUAGUGUAAGUUGGGGGUACGCUCCAUAUAAGAGCUACCCCAGUACUAAUGUAAUUAUAGUUGUAUACUCAUAUUCAGAUAAGUAGUUAAGUCAAAUUGUCAUUUUAGAGUUACAUAGGUUGUAUUUUUUCUAACUCAGAGGUUGUCAAUAAUCUAGGUAGUUAUAUUUUAAUAAAUAUUUAUUUGUUUGUAUAUCAAUUAUUUUUUUUCCCAUUUUUUAAUUUAAUAAUUUAAUAUAUUGAAUAAUUUACAGCAGUGUAAGAUACCUGGGAGUUCGGUCCAUCCCUACUUCUGGCGCCCGCAAUUUAGUCUAUUUUAUUUAUCUCUUAUAUUUUUCUAUUUUUAUUAUAUUAAUAUUUAUUCUAUCUAUUUUAUAAGCCUCUCUUUUUAUAUUCAUAUUUCUGGUUCUAGUCAUCAUCCCUCUUUAGUUUAAGCUACUGUUCUUCGACAGGCAUGCAAACGAGCCGUACCCAUCCUUGAGUGUCAAGUCGUUCUCUUGCAUUUCUUGCUAGCCAAUUCUAUUUAGUUUGCCUCUGUCUCCCCAUACUUCUAUUAUCAGUUCCUCACCCACUCACUCAUUUCACCUUAGCAUUCUAGUUCUACAAAUACUACUGCAAAGUAGUUUUUUGUUACAUCGGCAGCCCAACUUGGUGCCAACCUUUUAUAGGUUCUAAGACAGUAGUUCUUUUAGUUCAUUUUUUUCUUUUAUUUAUAUUAUUCCCUUCUGAUAUCUUUUUAUACAUUAUGUUCUGAUUUAUUUUGUCUUUAACUAUUUACUAAUACUAAACAGGUACACUGUCACUGCUGUAUCUAUUAAUUAGUUGAGAUUUUGAAACCUCGUUUAUAGUUUUGUUAUACAGCUUACAUUCUGGGUUGAAUUUGAAACGAAGUAUAAGUAACUAACAUAUAUUAGAAUAUAUUAUUUUACUCUUUCAGCCAAUGUUGUAUUUGUACGUACAGUAAUCGUUAAUACUUACAUAUUUUUUUUUCUAGUACAAGUAUAAUAACUAUUUUUUUCCAAUAUUUAGGUACUAUAUUUACUUGAUUAUACCUUAUUUACUUUAUUUAUUUGAUACAUAUAUUUUGCUGGCCAUUUUUGAUUUGUUGGUGUGUUGCUAAUAGUUUCUCCGAACUUAUAUAUUUUGCGUACAAAUUUAAGUAUAUUUCGUAUUUCUGACCUUUGGAUUGCUUGUCAAUAAUUUUUGUUUCAACAUGUGUGCUUUUAAAGUUGAACAUCUUCUGGUGGACGAAUUGGACUAUGAGUUAAAAAUUAGGGACAUAGUAACAGAGCAGUCGGCAACAGUCGAUAGAAAACGCAAUCUUUUGCGGGGUGCUUUGAAGCAAGAAGCAGGCAAUAGGAGUUUCACUCAACUUUCAGCUGUACAUAUCCCUUUUGAGGACCAACGGAAAGGAAUAUCCGAAACGUUGGAUAGCUUGUCUAAGAAAAUAGAGAAGUUUAGGGGAACUGUACAAGACACUGAAUAUGCUCGAUUAAUAUCUCGUCUAACUCAUAUUUCUGGCCGUGUACACUUGUUACAUUGUACUACGGAAGAGCAGGAACCUUUUAAAAAGUCUGUUUCUCUUAAAAUCCUUACAUUGGAGGGUGAGCUUGAUUCUAAGGUUAACCCCAUAGCCACAUCUACUCCUAAUGCUCCAGUAAGUGUCGUUCCUAGUUUCACAUAUUCCAAACCCGUUCAAGUACACAAAUGGGGUGUUUCAUUUUCAGGUGAAAAACAGCACACGGAUGUGAUUUCAUUUUUAGAAAAGGUUGAGUGUCUUCGUGUAUCUAGAGGGGUCUCCGAGGACAAUUUGUUUGCGGCUUCAGCCGAAUUGUUUACCGGUCCUGCUUUCACCUGGUUCAUGAAUAAUAGGGGUAAUUUGUCUUGCUGGUCUGAUCUCGUUCGCAAGUUGAGGUCAGAUUUUCUUCCUUACUCAUACCAGGAUGAUCUCUUGGAUGAAAUCAAAAACCGUAAGCAGAAACCAGGAGAGUCUGUCACUAUGUUCAUUAAUACUAUAUUAGGCAUGUGUAGCCGUUUAGCUACUCCUUUAUCUGAUUUGUCCAAAAUAAAAAUCAUCUUAAAAUGUUUAUUGCCUUUUUACCAUCAACAGUUAGCCCUUAUGGACAUCCAGAGUAUUGAUGAUCUCACUGUAAAGUGCAAACGUUUGGAGGAAACGUUAUCCUGGUCUUCUCAGCCUUCGUCUUCAUCUCGACCCUCUUCUAAUUCCUCUUCUCAGCCAACUUCCUAUAGACAACGUUCUUGGCAAAAUAAGGGCCAUGAACAUAAUGUUUCUGUUUUUAGUUCUGUUGUUUGCUGGAAUUGUCACCAGUCUAAUCAUAAGUUCAAUGAUUGUGGUAUCCCACAAACUCGUAUUUUCUGCCACGGUUGCGGUAGGGAAAAUACUCUCAAAAGAAAUUGUUUUAAGUGUUCGGGAAACGAAAUGUCGGAGGUCCGUCCCCUGAGCGUUUCUCCGUCCAACACCCAAUCAGGGAAUCAAACCCCAUCAGAAAACGAGACCGCUGGCCCAAGCACACCCAGCAACUCAAACCCAUCUUCCAGUCGGAAAGGGAAGAGAGUAUCAUUCAAGAAACAAGCACACACCACAAAUCAAAAUCAGUCCAGAAAUUAACUUUGAGUCAGGAUACGUUGAAUUCGCAGGAUUCACAUGAUUACAAACCCACAAAUUCUUCUUUAAUGAGUAGUGUUAAGUAUA